CAAGUAGAACCCUCUCUUUAAUAUUGUGUUCGUGUGAGAUCUAACCACCCCUCGACAACCUUCGAAUCUGGCACUUCUAGUUUCCGACACAAACACGUAAGAGAGUAAUGUCAGGAAGAUUAAGAGUUGACGUGGAGUACUCUACAGUCCAUGAGGAGCAAGAAGAGAGAUCCUUUUACUAUGGUGGAGCCUCUGUACCAUUCUUAUGGGAGUCAAGGCCAGGCACACCCAAACACAAUCACUUUUCCGAGUUCUCUCUUCCUCCGCCGCUCACGCCGCCUCUGUCGUAUUACUCCUCCUCUGGGAUCUUGUCGACGCCGAAGAGACAGAACAAGGUGAGAACAAAACUUACUAGAAUCCUGUCGAUGUCUCUGUUCCAUGACCUCAGGAAAAGCAACAAUAGCAGGAACAAGAAGCCCAACUAUGUCACUGGGUCAUCUUAUUAUUCUUGGUCGUCUAUGGCUUCUUCAUCUUCGUUUUCCUCUUCACCGCCACAUUCUUUGAGAAAACCAGUAAGACGUGGUAAGAAAUCACCGCUCCUGUUCGAUAGUUACAAAUAGCAGAGCUUAGAUCUUCAUCGACCUCGACUCUGUGUUACUCCAAUGGUGGAAGAAAAGGUUUAACUUCUUCAAUGAGGAGUAUAAAGAGAACUUUCUUCUCUGUUCCUUGUGGUAAAGCUCUCACCAUCGGCGACACAAACAAAGUUUAAUUACGUUAAUUUAUUAUGUUCUUGAUUCAUUCUAUGAGCUGCUUUGCCUCAUUGAACAUAAAGAUGCUAUGAUGCUUUGUAAGAUGUAUGUAUAUCUAUAUAGUUCGUCUCUGAGUCGUGAUAUAAAGCUUGUGCUGUGAACUGUCUUUUU